AGGAAUCGACGCGCAGCAUGGCCGACUACUGGUUCCUGGACGAGCAAGCGAGUGCGCUGGCGUACACCUACUAUGCGCCCACGAGUACCGAGAAGCGCGUGCUUGUGCGCGUCAACGUACCUUGCAACUACCUCCGGCCGCUUGUCCUUGGCGCGUUUGCCAAGCACGACCGGUUCUGGGACGUGAUGACGCUGCCGACGGACCCGCGCACGCCCGACCUCCUCUGGGACGAGUACGAAAACCUCGAUUGGAAGAACGUGCUGCAAGGCCAAGUGGUCGCCAACUCGUACUGCGUGCGCAAGGGCCUCUCGCGCAAGGCGCAGCUCUCCAUGUUCCUCUCCAAGUACAUCCGCAAGCACCCGAGCUGCCGCCUUAGCCGCGCGCUCCCCGAAACACUCGUCGUCGAUCUCUGGGAUGCGUUCGACAACAGCUUGGCCGAGCUCGGCGUGAGCUUCCGGAACCGCCUCGAGUCGUGCUUGUGGGAAGUCAAGCAGCUCUUUGAAGACAAGGCCGAGACAGGGACGUGGAUCAUGAAGCCGAGUGCGUCCAACAAGGGCGCGGAGGUCAACGUCUUUGAUACGUAUGCCAAGUUCAAGGCCAUCAUCACCGAGUGGACCGACAUUCGCGAAUGGGUCGUCCAGGCGUACGUUCAGCGGCCGCUUCUCCUCAAGAAGCGCAAGUUCCACGUCCGCGUGUACGUUGUCGCUGUCGGGUGUCUCCAAGUGUUCGUGUACCAGAACGUCCUGCUCCUCACGUCGCUCGAUGCGUACAACCCGUCCAACACGGACAACAAGCUCUCGCACAUCACCAACACGUUCCAGCAGCAGGACCACCCCAACUUUGUCGAAGCCGACUGCGUUCUCCUCCUCGAGGACAUGGAAGCGAUCCUCAUGGACGACCAAGGCAUCGCCCACGCAGAGGCCAAGGCCAUUACGACCAAGAUGCUGGCCGACAUUGGCGCGAUCACCGGCGAGGUCUUUGAUGCGUACCGCGGUGAAUUCUCCGUCUUCCAGCCGCUGCCCAACUGCUUUGAGGUCUACGGCGUCGACUUUCUCAUUGACGAAGACUACCAAGUGUGGCUCCUCGAAGUCAAUCCCGGCCCGGACUUCAAGCAGACGGGCAACCGCCUCCAGCCGCUCAUCCAGACGCUCGUCGAGGGCAUGGUCGACAUCGUCACGGACCAGUUCUUCACGGCGGCGCCCAAGAACGCCAACAAGACGUACCCGGCGUUCGAAAAGGUCUACGACGACAAGUGGGGCGCGUCGGCCUCCAUGACCUUCCACGAAGAUUAAGCCAUGCGCUGAAACCAUAGAGUGUCUUUAGACUUAACAUUUGGAAACGUGAGUCUUGUCUUGAACGCGCAUCA